AUGUCUGUGAAUGAUCGGCCGCAAUUUGUAAAUCUGAAGCGAUUGUGCCACAAUUGCCUGAGAGGAGAUCACAUGGUACGUCAAUGCCCCUGUGAUAUGAACUGCAGAAAAUGUAACCAGCGCCACCAUACUCUUCUGCAUACGGGCCAAACCGCCGGCCCAAAGAAGUUCAGCAACGACGCGACUUCUCGUUCAAUUAAUUCCAUCGAGCCUGCUGUCAAGGCUACUUCGUCGUCUACUAACGUAAUCUCUGAGCAAACCAUUGUUGCUGCUGCUGAAGAUGUUUCGAUUGUUAGUGCUUCCCUUCAGCAACCUCGUGAAAACGUUUUCUUAUUGACUGUCAUCGUCAACGUCGUCGAUGCUUAUGGGCAGCAUCACCCUGCACGCGCUUUACUGGACAGCGCAUCGCAGCCAAAUCUGAUCACCAACCGCAUGGCUCGUAUUCUCCGCUUAAAGAAGCAUCCCGUCAACGUUACUGUCCAAGGGGCCGGACAAGUGUCAAAAGUCAUUAGCGAAUCUGUCUACGCCCAAGUCAGCUCAAGGAAGGAACCUUUCUCUUGUGGUGUUAGCUUCCUCGUAAUUGAUAAAGUGACGGCCAAUCUUCCAUCGCAUAAUGUCUCCAUAGCCGAAUGGAGAAUUCCAAAGGAUCUCUUUAUCGCGGAUCCAACAUUCCACAAGAGCCAUCCGAUCGAUAUGGUGCUCGGAGCUAAGCAUUUUAACUCCUUCUUCCCGAAUACCGCACGCAUACAAUUGCAUGGCAAUCUCCCACUCCUAGUUGACAGCGUUUUUGGGUGGAUCGUUGCGGGUUCGGCUGAUUCAAUUCUUCCAACACAGAGAGUAUCUUCCAGUCCCAGCAGUAUCGUAACUGUAUCGAUGGUUUCCUUGGAAGAAAGUCUGGAGCGUUUUUGGAAAAUGGAAGAACUGACAACCAAGGACAACUACUCCAUCGAAGAGAGGCGUUGUGAAACCCUCUACCAAGCGACGGUCGCCAGAAACCCCGAUGGACGAUACAUGGUUCGCCUUCCUCGAAAACCUGACUUUGACGAUAUGCUGGGCGAGUCUAAGGCAAGCGCAUUGCGACGAUUCGAAUAUUUGGAGCGACGCUUGGAACGAAACUCCGACCUAAAACUAGAGUACCACCGUUUCAUGCAAGAAUACCUCGACCUUGGCCAUAUGCAGCUGACCAAAACAACUGGCGCCGAAAGCUCCAAAUCUUUUUACUUACCGCACCAUCCUGUCAUCAAAGAAGCGAGUUCCACGACGAAAGUUCGUGUUGUGUUCGAUGGUUCGGCAAAAACAUCUACCGGUUUCUCCCUCAACGAUGCCCUCUGUGUUGGUCCAGUAGUUCAAGACGAGCUACUUACCACAAUGCUACGGUUUCGCACGUACCCAAUUGCUUUAGUCGGUGACAUAGCGAAAAUGUAUCGACAAGUCCUCAUGCACCCAGAUGAUGUUCCACUGCAGCGAAUUUUCUGGCGAUUUUCCCCCGACCAACCAGUGCAAACCUUCGACUUACUUACCGUUACUUACGGGUUAGCUCCGUCAUCAUUUUUGGCAACUCGUACACUGCUACAGCUAGCUGACGAUGAAGGUCAGUCCUAUCCCCUCGGCCGCAGGGCUCUCCGGAAAGGCUUUUACGUCGACGAUUUCAUCAGCGGGGAGCAAUCGAUCGAAAAAGCCAUCCGCCUACGCGAAGAAAUCAGCGAAUUACUUGAGAAGGGAGGAUUUGUUCUUCGCAAGUGGACUUCCAAUCGACUCGAAGUCCUACACGGAUUAAACGCCGACCAAAUCGGCACUCAAUCCCCUCUGGAGUUCACCCCCCACGAAACGGUGAAAGCUCUGGGAAUAAUUUGGGAACCAGAAGGAGAUUUUCUUCGAUUCGAUUCGCAAGUGCAACACGACGGCAAACCGCCCACCAAACGAUCAAUUUGA